UACUACCCAGUACCUACCUAAUACUUUGUAGAUUGAGGUUUCGUGCAAGUCCAAGUCGAAAGUUAUUUAUAAUUGAAAUAAUGAUAAUUUAAUUUACAUAAUUCUCUUCAUCAUAAAAAAUUUGUUAUAAACUUAUUGUUUGUAGAUUUGUCAAAAAUAAAACAUAAUAUACAUGAAAAUUUAAAUCACAAAUUUACACUUUUUGUCUCCUUCACUCAUAUCAAUAUUCAUGUGUAUUUUUCGGUACUUCAUGGACUUUGUUACAUUAAAUUGUCACAGUCAUUAGGAAUUGGUAAAAUAGCCGUUAUUAUUGAAAAUGGCUUUAAGAGGUAUUAAAGUUGUGGAAAUGAUUGGCUUGGCCCCAGGCCCUGUCUGUGGUUCUAUUUUAGCUGAUUUUGGUGCUACAGUUACUGUUGUUGCUAAAAUUGAACCAUCCCCAGUUGAUAUUAUGUGUAAUGGGAAAAGAAUGGUAUCUGUAAAUUUAAAAUCAAAAGAAGGUGUAGGUGUAGUAAAGAAACUAUGUGCUACAUCAGAUGUCCUUAUUGAUACCUACAGGCCAGGAGUAUUAGAAAAACUUGGUCUGGGUCCUGAAGUACUUAUGAAAGAAAAUACUCGCCUCAUUUAUACAAGGCUAUCAGGAUAUGGUCAAGAUGGUUAUUACAGAGAUAAACCUGGACAUGACAUAAAUUAUGUUGCAAUAUCGGGGGUACUCUCAAUGUUAAAGAAAGAUGACCAACCACCUAGACCUCCCAUUAAUCUUCUGGCUGAUUUUGCUGGAGGAAGCAUGAUAUCUGCAUUAGGAAUUAUGAUGGCUCUAUUUGAAAGAACUAAGUCUGGAAAAGGACAACAAAUUGAUGCAAGCAUGGUAGAAGGUGCUGCUUAUGUAGCCAAUUGGCUCUUCAAAUCAAGAAAUUUACCUUUUUUGAACCAAGAGCCAGGAAAAAACAUAUUGGACGGAGGAGCUGCUUGCUAUGGUGUGUACAGAACAAAAGAUGGUAAAUUUAUGGCAGUAGGUGCUAUAGAACCCUAUUUUUAUUCAAAUUUCCUCAAAGGUUUACAGCUAUUGGAAGAUGAUUAUAAUCAAUAUGGUGAUGAUGAACAUAAUAGGAGGAAAUUCCAAGAGCAAUUUUUAACAAAAACACAAGAUGAAUGGGUUGCCAUAUUUGAUGAAUUAGAUGCAUGUGUAACUCCAGUUGUAGAAUUUCAUGAAGCUCAAAAGCACAAAUGUAAUUCUUCUAGAUCUUCAUUUUAUAUAGAUCACAAUAGUUUAGUUGUUCCUGAACCUGCACCUAGAUUGUCAAGGACAUUUGCUGAAGCAAGUGGGAAGAAGCAACAAACAAAACAUGGUCAACAUACAAUGGAAGUUUUAUUAGAACUAGGUUACAGUAAAACAGAAAUAAAUAACUUGAUAAAUAAGGGAAUUGUUUAUGCUACAAAAAAGUCUAAUCUAUAGAAAAAAUCUUAUCUUCUUUUGUUAUUUCAAAUAUUUUUUUUAUUAUAUCAUGGUGUUGAGAUAUUAAUUCAUUGCUUAAAAUUUUACUAGUAAUUAAAGGAUGGUCACCAA